AGCAUAAACGCUACCCCUCCACUAAUCGUCAGUUGGAAGGAGAAGAAAACAAUUAAUUUCUUGUUAUUCUAACCAAUAUAGCUGCUAAAACAUUAGAAUAUUAUCGGAACAUUGGUUUAGUACAAUCGUAUUUGAUUAUUAUUAUUAUUAAUAUUAUUAUUAUCAAUAACUUCCCUUGUUAAUAACUGCUGACUGACUGACUGACUGGUUGAAUGAUAGACUGACUGGUUGAGCGACAGACUUACUGACUGACUGACUGACUGGUUGAGCGACAUACGUACUGACAGACUGGUUGAGCGACAUAGUGACUGGUCGAGUGACAGUCUGACUGACUGGCUGAGUGACAGACUAACUGACUGGUUGAGGUGACUGGCUGACUGGCUGACAGACUGACUUACUGGUUGAGUGAAAGACUGGCUGAUUGGUUGAAUGACUGACUGACUGACUGACUGAUUGACAGACUGACUGACUGGUUGAGUGAGAGACUGGCGGACUGGCUGACUGGCUUACUGACAGAUUGACCGACUGUUUGAGUGAAAGAAAGACUGACCGAGAGGCCGGCUGACUGACUGACUGGUUGAGUGACUGGUUGGCUGGCUUACUGGCUUGCUGUCUGGUUGACUGACAGACAGACUGAAAGGCUGGUUAAGUGACUGACUAGCUGGGUAGCUGGGUUGCUGGCUGGUUGACUGACUGACUGACUAAUUGAGUAGCUUUUUGGUUGGUCCUUGAUUUUUAUUUACAGUGCAAAAUGAACAACCUAAGUUGCUGGUAGCUAGCUUCUCUGGCAUAUAUUUGUUCGAUAUCAAGAAUAAAAGGAACUACAAGAACAUUUUCCCCAGACAAUGGACGAAUCUUGCAGUGUUUAAAGAAUAUGGUGAAGCUCUUAAAAUUAAGUUGGUGCUCUACGAUCCGAAAAGGCACCAAGUCUACUUCGCCGGACAUAAGAAGAUUUUCCAGAUAACUAUCAACUGGAAAGAGAUGACUUGCGAAUCUGGUGUCAUAGUGGUGAAAGAGACAGAUGAUGUGACGUCUGCGUUGAUUGAUGCGGAUAAGCAGUUUCUUUUCUUUGGUGCAGCUCCACGACUAUAUAGAUUCAGCAUGAAAACAAAGAAGACGGAACUGAUCGUUUAUGGGAUCUGUUAUCCCAUACAGAUAGACACAAAACUGAGACGAGUGUACCACGGAAGAGUGGACAACAGUAUGACCUGUCGUCUCGCAGUCAUGGACUACGACGGCCUAAAUUUACAUAAGGCAAAGAUACAACACCCCACACAAUUAUACCUAUAUGGUAAUAUCUUGUACUUGAUUGAGAGUAGCAAAUGGAAGAUCAAUAAAAUAGAACAGAUGAAUGAAACUCCUUCGGCUGGCCCGGAACUAGUAUGCAAACGUCCAAUUAUAGCCAUACACCAGGACACAAUGUUUCAACUCUGUGACAUUAAUGGUCAUACAGCACAUAUAUACGCCAUAACUAUAUCGAACGAGGAACAGAAGACUUUCCGCGAAAAUGUCAUCAAAGCUAAAGUGAUGAUGAUCGUUGAAACGCCGUACAUUGCCUGGUAAUCAUUCUAGGAACAGCUUGGUGCUGAUCUUGUUUUACACCAUUAGAACAGAUAUCGUUGUUGUUGUUAUUGUUAAUAAUAUUACUACUACUACUACCAUUAUUAUUAUUGUCAUUGUAAGUCGGUGUGUGUGUGCGUGUGCGCGCGCGUGUCUCUCUAUCUGUG